UUUCUAUAAACGCUUCGUUUGUCGAAACGUCAUCAUUUUUUUUUUAAAUGCGGACAGUGGUGACGAUGGUAUUCGCUUUAUCUUUUCAAUGAAGUGGGUACAAAUUUUUGAGUGCUUGCUACUUUAGUGAUCCGUUCGACCUAGUAAUUACAUCAGCACAACAGAUUUUACGAAAUGGCUCAAGUACACCAAUACAAAGUGACCAUGACCUGCGAAGGUUGUUCCGGGGCUGUGCAACGAGUCCUGGAAAAGCACAAAGAUAGGAUCGAAAAUUUUGACAUCAGUCUCAAGGAUCAGCAGGUUAAAGUGAAGACAAACCUUUCAGCUGAAGAUGUCUUGGAACUUAUUAAAAAGACAGGAAAAGCUGUGGAGUAUGUUUCUUCAUCUUAAAAUAAUAAAAAUAUUUUUUAUAUUACAAAAUUAAGCAACUAAAUAUAUAUUAUUGGAUUUUUUAUGUAGGUUUUUGUAUUUUUAUUUAUUCAGUGUGAUACUGUAGGUGCUGUAAUUUCUAAUUUAUUGACUAAUCUAUGAUUUUAAAUAAAGAGUAAGCUGCACAGUG